GAGAGCGAGAGAAUUGGUAACGAUGGAGUACCCGCGGAGGGAGGAGUGCAAAGAAAUCCCCAAUCUCCUCUCCUCUUUCGUCGACUCAUUCGUCGACUUCUCCGUCAGCGGCGGACUCUUCCUCUUACCCGACGACCUCCCAAACCCUAACCCUAACCCUAACCCUAAUCCUCUGCGGACCCGAUACCCAGCCACCGAGCGUCUCGUCGCGAUCGGCGAUCUCCAUGGCGACCUCGAGAAGACCAGGCAGUCGCUGAGGCUGGCCAGCCUCGUCGACGACGCCGAUAGAUGGACCGGAGGCUCCACCACCGUCGUCCAGAUCGGCGACGUCCUCGACCGCGGCGGCGAGGAGCUCAAGAUCCUCUAUUUCAUCGAAAAGCUGAGGCGAGAGGCCGCCAGAUGUGGCGGCGAGAUCAUCUCCAUGAACGGCAACCACGAGAUCAUGAACGUGGAGGGGGAUUUCCGCUUCGUGACGGCGGAGGGCUUGGAGGAGUUCAAGAUUUGGGCGGAUUGGUUCUCCGUGGGAACCAAAAUGAAAUCGCUCUGCGACGGAUUGGAAAAAAACCCUAGAGACCUCUUCGAAGGAAUUCCUCACUCCUUCAAUGGCGUCAAAGCAGAGUUCUCCUACGGAUUUCGAGCUAGAAUCGCCGCCCUACGGCCGUCUGGUCCGAUAUCGGCGAGAUUUCUUUCCAAGAACCUGACCGUACUGGUAAUUGGCGACUCGGUCUUCGUCCACGGCGGGCUUCUGCCGAGCCACGUAUCUUACGGACUGGAUCGGAUAAACGAGGAGGUUAGGGAUUGGAUAAUCAACGGAUCAUCGCAGGGGAGGAGAUACCCGCCGGCGUACUGUCGGGGGAGGAACGGGGUGGUGUGGCUGAGGAGUUUCUCCAACGAGUCGCCGGCGAAGUGCGACUGUGAGGUGCUGGAGCACGUGCUGGCGACGAUCCCGGGGGCGAAGAGGAUGAUAAUGGGGCACACGAUUCAGCGGGUGGGGAUCAAUGGCGUGUGCGAGGAUCGGGCGAUAAGGAUCGACGUCGGAAUGUCGAAGGGAUGCAUCGAUGGGUUGCCGGAGGUGUUGGAGAUCAAAAGGAAUUCGGAGGUGAGUAUAUUGACUUCAAAUCCGAUGUACUUCAAGUCUUCUUCGGCGGCGAUGGCGGCGGAUGGCGGUGGUCGGAGAGAAGGGCUGGGGUUGUUGCUGCCGGAGAAUGGACCCAACCAAGUACAAGUCAAGGCUUGACUUGAGUUGAAUUUCCUAAAUAAAAAAAAUAGCAUUUGCUCACUCGAAAGAAAAAGUGUAUUUCUGUUUGCCAAGAAAAAGGAGAAAAGAAACAUAAGGCCUUGUCAUCCAAAAUGAAUUUUGUUUUGAGCAUGAAAAGCAAAUAAAAAUUUAUGA